AACUCAAUCCGUCCCGUUCGGGAUUGGGGGUUUUUGAAUUCGGCCCAAAUUAGAGAGCGGUAAACAUUAACCCACAACUAACCCAUCCGUAUGGAGCUAUCUUUGUAGCAAUCGAAUCGGACUAUGCAGGACUGUGAAGCAAUCAAUAGUGAUUUUACCAGUUUGAUGGAGUGAUUCUUGUCAGAAAAAGUGUUGUUUAGUGCAAAUGUAAUCAAACAGAAAUCAACACAGUGAGAAAAGUCACCCACCAGGAAGGAACUCAACCGCAGCAUGGAUAAAUUCCUUCGACUUUUCAUCAAAUUUCACGGAUACUGUAUUGCCACCGCCAGUAUUGUUAUCACCAUUCUGGUAACAUCGAUUUUCCAUGAAGCCGGGCAUGAUUGGACAGAACUUUACAAUCUCCGAUACACGGGUGUAUCGUUCAUUAUUUUCGGAAUCGCUUGGACAGCGGUAGCCAGUAUGCUCCUCAUAGGAGUCUACCGGGAACACAAACCAUGGAUCUACCCGUUCCUGGGGAUGUUUUCGCUGGAGCUGUUACUGGUCAUCUGUCGAGACCUCUACCUGAUAGUGGACGAUUUUGCCUGGUACAAAACGGCAUUUUUCGGCUUCGGGAUGCCGCUGAUGUUGUGGUACAACUUCCGGUUUUCCGGCAUUCCAAUGCUGAUUCUGGGUUCCGCAUGGAUAAUGGCCAGCAUCAUUCUGGUGAUCGGAAUUUUCAAGGAAUGCGCAAAGCUCAUCUACCCGUAUGGAUUCGUGUUUGCGAUGGAACUGGUCACCUUGAUUCUGCGCGAUGUGUACUUGCUGAUCGCCGGCAAGAGCUGGGACGAGAUGGUCUUCAUCAACAUCAGCGUUGUGCUACUGCUAUUCAUCAUCCCGUACAUCGCGCUGAGUUUGCUGGCCCUGCUCAAGCUAAUCGAGGUGGAUCCGAUCACUCCGAAGAGCCGUUCCGAUAACUUUGUCCGGUUCGAUAACACCCAAACAAAUACGGAAGCCUAGGCGCGAAAAUGGAACAACUGUUUCACAUCAUUUUACGAAGCGGUUUGUCUCGGGUUUUCCAAUCGACUGAAGACGGUGAUGAUGUUGGUCUUCGAAACAUUCGAUGCAAAAUUUAGAUUGCACUGAAAAUCACUUUAAAAAAAAUGACAAAAAAAAAAACAAGCAGAUCCAAAACCCAAAAACCCCCACCACCCAAAACGAAUUGCCGUCCAAUUUCAGGAGCUUCAUCUGCCAAUGUUGAUGAUGAUGAUGAGGGAUGCGCCACUCAUUACGACAGCCACGAAAUUACACUUAAAUGCAGUUACGCCAAUCGAGCGAUCGAACCUCACGAGGCGAUCGUGAUAGAUCGUAGGAGAAAAUACUCAAAAAAACAUCGUGGGCUCUUUCACGAGCACAUAAUUGCAGAAAUGAAAAAAAAAAUCAAUUUCCAAUCACACAAACAAACACAAACACCCCUACAUUGCUGGAGCUCGAACGAAGAAAAAAAAGCUCAUCUCAAAACUACACGCACUUAAUAAAUUACAGCUAAUUAAGCACGGUAGCUCGCGUAGCGAAAAGUUCGUUUCGAUGCGCCAGCCCCUCAAUUCCAUUCGAAUUCUGUCUUUCACGUCUGUCUCUUAUUUCUUCUUCGCUAUUUUUUUCGUGCGAAAAAAUGCCGCCUGAGAGAAAACCAAACUUAUUUUCCCACUGCUGUGCUGUAACUCGGAAAACCACACCGCCAUCAAGGGACGAAACUUAUCGAAACUCUAUCGAUUUCCGUUCGGUAGGUUAUUAAUCUUUUACUUCCGGGAUCCCAUGCUCCCAACUUAUUGUAUGACUUAAUUUUUAAUUUUAGUACUACCUUCUAAAACCUUCUAUUUACUCUUACAAUAACUAUGCGGAACUUGUCCUUCUUGCAAGGAAAGCCACAUGGUUUCAUUAUUUAUUAAACGCGCUGGUUUUUAAAUCACACUUACACUACACAUACGAUUACAUAUUUUGAAUGUCUUCACAGGUUAAGUUUUAAUCGACUCAGUAUUUGUAAUGAUUAGUUUUCGACGAUGAUUGAUAGCAUUUCAUUCAAA